AGCAGCAUGAACCUGAAGAAGUACUUCAUUCGGGCGCUGCACCGCCUGCAGAAGGGCCCUGGUUACACCUACAAGGAGCUGCUGGUCUGGUACUGCGACAACACCAACACCCACGGCCCAAAGCGCAUCAUCAAAGAGGGGCCAAAGAAGAAAUUAAUCUGGUUCUUCCUAACGCUGCUCUUUGCGUCUCUGGUCUUCUGGCAGUGGGGCAUCCUCAUUAACACCUACCUCUCCUAUAACGUCACGUCAUCUCUCUCUAUUGGCUUUAAGACCAUGAAGUUCCCAGCAGUCACGGUCUGCAACGCCAACCCUUUCAAAUACUCAGAGGUGAAGCAUCUGCUGAAAGAACUGGACAGGCUCAUCGAAGUGGCGCUGGAGAGGAUCCUGCAGCCCACGCCGGGGAACAGCAGCGAGAACGCCUCCCCGCCGCUCGACCUGGAGCUCUGGCACCAGAUACCGCUGGUCCUCAUCGACGAGCACGACAAAGACAACCCCGUCAUCGUGGACAUCUUUGAGAGCAAUCAGACUGCUCUGGACAACCAAACCGCUGCAGACAACCAAACUGCUGCGGAAAAGAAGUACAAGCUGGCGGUGAAGCUGUGCAGCCAUCAGGGCUCCGACAACUGCACCUACAGGAACUUCACCAGCGCGGCACAGGCGGUGACCGAGUGGUACAUCCUGCAGUCCACGAGCAUCCUCUCCAAAGUCCCGCUGCAAGAGAGAAUCAGGAUGGGCUACCAGGCAGAAGACAUGAUCCUGGCGUGUCUCUAUGGGGCGGAACCCUGCAACUACAAGAAUUUCACCCAAAUCUAUCACCCAGACCACGGUAACUGCUACAUCUUUAACUGGGGCAUGGACGAAGAGGCUUUGAAUUCUUCCAACCCCGGAGCCGAGUUUGGGCUGAAGCUAAUUCUGGACAUCAGCCAGCAAGACUAUAUCCCCUACCUGUCGUCUGCUGCCGGGGCCAGGCUCAUGCUGCAUCAGCAGAAGAGCUUCCCCUUCCUUAAGGAUCAGGGCAUCUAUGCAAUGGCUGGGACGGAAACCUCCAUCGGCGUGUUAGUGGAUGAACUGGAACGGAUGGGCUAUCCCUACAGCGACUGCACCAUGAACGGGUCUGAUGUCCCCGUAAAAAAUCUCUAUAGCCAAUACAAUACUUCCUAUUCCAUACAGGCUUGCCUGCGCUCUUGUUUCCAAAACGACAUGAUUGAAAUCUGUGGAUGUGGUCACUAUAUGUUUCCUUUACCUGAAAGGGUGAAUUAUUGCAAUAACGAAGAUAACCCAGGUUGGGCAUAUUGCUAUUCAGCACUGAGAUCAAGUAUAAGGCACAGACAGAUUUGUAUUGACUCUUGUAAGGAAACGUGCAACGACACGCAGUAUAAGAUGACCAUCUCCAUGGCAGACUGGCCGUCUGAAGCUUCGGAGGACUGGAUUUUCCAUAUUCUGUCUUAUGAAAGGGAUAUGUCAACAAAUGUGACUCUGGACAGAAACGGGAUCAUCAAGCUGAACAUUUACUUCCAGGAGUACAACUACCGCACCAUCUCGGAGUCUGCUGCCACGACGAUCGUUUGGCUGCUGUCGAGCCUGGGAGGCCAGUUUGGGUUCUGGAUGGGGGGCUCGGUGCUGUGCCUCAUCGAGUUCGGGGAAAUUAUCAUCGACGCGCUGUGGAUCACCGUUAUCAACAUGAUCAGCUGGUGCAAAGGCCUGAAACAGAAGCGGGUGCAGGCGCGGUACCCGGAUGCACCCCCGCCAAUGCCCGGCAACCCCCCGCCCAACUAUGACUCGCUGCGCGUCCAGCCCCUCGACGUCCUCGGUCCAGACAGCGACGCAGAGACCGAGUGA